GUAGAUGUUUCUGCAGCACAGAGCGAAGUAUGAAGAAGUCGGUGCGGCCCGCGGUGAGUAAAGCCAGCGGGGAGCGAGGGAAGGCGGAGGGAAACACCGACGGGAAACCUGCAGCCAAGAGCAGCGCUGCACCGCUGUCCAAGGUGAAAAGCAACGAUGAUCUUUAGCAGCGGAUGGCGGGAGGAGCUCCUGCAUCGAAUAACGCCGUCAACAAGAGGCAAGAGGAUGGGCCUCCACCGGGACCAACGUUAGCAAACCUGGACAGCAAGCCAAAGGACAGCAGCGGUACAUCAUCCAGACGUACAACCUCGUCCAAUGCCAAGGAGACAACUCCUCGCGGUGAUCGUCCCCGCAGCUCCAGGACGGCGGCCUGUAAGAAGCAGCCGGGGUCGGGGCAGCGACGGGCGAUGCCUGCGUCGGGGAAGGAACGAUCCCGCAGCCAAAUCCUGGUCGAGUCUGAAGGCCGCAUGAGCAAAUCUAAAUCUGACGGUCAGAUCAGCGACAAGGUGGCUCUGGAGACCAAAGUGAAAGACCUGUUGGGUUUGGCUAAAAGCAAAGACGUGGAAAUCCACCAUCGCAGCAGCGAGCUGAGAGGCUUGAGGGCGCAGCUGGGACUUGGGAGGGAAGGAGGAACACCAGGGAGGAGGAAGAAGAAGAAGAGGACGAGGAGGAGGGAGAGGAACGAAGAGGAGGAGAAGCCGCCUCCUCCUCCUCCUCCUCCUCCACCUCCUCCUCCUCAUGUGUCAGCUAUCACCGCAAGCCGAUGUGGAGUCGACCCUGAUCCUCUGCAGGAGCAGAACCACGCCAUCAGGGAGGAGCUGAACCUGCUGAAGAGCGAGAACCGCAUGCUGAAAGACCGGCUGAACGCGCUGGGAUUCUCUCUGGAGCAGCGGCUGGACGCCUCCGACAAACUGUUCAACUUCGCCUCCCUGAGUGAUGGAGGAGGAGGAGGAGGGCAGAGUGAUGGAAGAGGAGGAGGACCAGGAACGCUGACCUCCUCCUCUGUGGAGGGAUCGGCCCCCGGAUCCAUGGAGGAUCUGCUCACCGGACACCAGCAUGGAGGCUCCGCAGACAACCUGGACAGUGAAUCCAGCGAGGUGUACCAGACGGUGACCUCCAGCGAUGACGCUCUGGACGCCCCCUCUGGAGCCUUCUCCUCAGAGUCAGAGUGCGCCCCCAGCAGGGAGCGCUCCCGGAGGGGCAGCAGCGACAACGCCAAUGAGGUGUCGGUGGCCUGCCUGACGGAGCGCAUCCACCAGAUGGAGGAGAACCAGCACAGCACGGCGGAGGAGCUCCAGGCGACCUUACAGGAGCUGUCCGACCUGCAGCAAAUCACCCAGGAGCUGAACGGGGAGAACGAGCGCCUGGGGGAGGAGAAGGUGAUCCUCAUGGACUCCCUGUGCCAGCAGAGCGACAAACUGGAGCUGUACGGCCGGCAGAUCGAGUAUCUACGCUGCCUCCUGGAGGAACACCACAUCUCCUACAGCCUGGAGGAGGACAUCAAGAGCGGACGCUACCUGGAGCUGGAGCAGCGAUACGGAGAUCUGGCAGACAACGCCCGCUUCGAGAGGGAGCAGCUGCUGGGCGUUCAGCAACAUCUGUCCAACACCUUAAAGAUGGCCGAGCAGGACAACGCCGACUCCCAGGAGAUGAUCGGAGCGCUGAAGGAGAGGAACCACCAGAUGGAGCGCAUCAUGGAGUCAGAGCGGCAGGGCAGAGCCGCCAUGGGAGCAGCGCUGGAGGAGUAUAAGAUGGCAGUGAGCAGCGACCAGGCGGAGUUGAGUCGCUGCAGAGCUCAGCUGGACCAGGAGAGGCAGAGGGUCGCAGAGCUUUACUCCCUCCACUCAGCGGGGGACAAGAACGAUAUCUGCCAGCUGCUGGAGGGCGUGAGGCAGGGGAAGGAGGAGGCGGAGGCCAAGGCUGCGAAGCUGCAGGAGGAGCUGGAGAAAGCUCACAGUGAACUCACACGCCUGCAGGAGACCUUCAGUAAGCUGGACGGAGAGUACAGGGACUUCAGGGAUCGGGUGCAGCGGCAGAUGACGGAUCAGGAGCGCAUCGUGGAUAAGCAGCGGGGGGAUCUGCAGGAGAAAGAGACGGAGAUCGCAGACAUGAAGGAAACAAUCUUCGAGCUGGAGGACGAGGUGGAGCAGCACCGAGCGCUCAAACUGCACGACAACCUCAUCAUCACCGACCUGGAGAACUCUGUGAAGAAGCUGCAGGACCAGAGGCACGACAUGGAGAGAGAGAUUAAGAUCCUUCACCGCAGACUGAGGGAGGAGUCGAUGGAGUGGCGUCAGUUUCAGGCCGACCUUCAGACGGCCGUUGUCAUCGCUAACGACAUAAAGUCCGAAGCUCAGGAGGAGAUCGGAGACCUGCGGCGCCGCCUGGUGGAUAACCAGGAGAAGAACGAGAAGCUGUGCAAGGAGCUGGACGACGUCAAGACCCGCAAGCAGGAUGAGGAGCGGGGCAGAGUGUAUAACUACAUGAACACAGUGGAGAGGGACCUGGCGGCCCUCAGGCAGGGGAUGGGGCUCAGCAGGAGGUCCUCCACCUCCUCGGAGCCAUCGCCCACCGUCAAGACGCUCAUCAAGAGCUUCGACAGCGCCUCACAAAGUCCCCCGGCUAACGGCACUGCGACUGUUCCUCCCUCCGUUCCUCCGACAGCAGUCGCCACUCCGCUGCCUCGCACCCCCCUCAGCCCGAGCCCCAUGAAGACCCCCCCGGCAGCCGCUGUCUCCCCCAUACAGAGACACUCCUUACCUGGCUCGAUGUCAGCUGCCAAGCCGCUGAGCGACAAGAGGCCGAGCUACACGGACAUCAGCAUGCCGGCUGAUCACCUGCUCAGGGGAUCAGGGUCCAGCCGCCCCGCCUCUGCCAUCCAGAGGGUCUCCAACAUGGACUCCAACAAGACGAUAUCAGUGUCCCGCCGCAGCAGUGAGGAGAUAAAGAGGGACAUGUCUGCUCCGGACUCCUCGUCUUCCUCCCUGAUGGCUCUGAGUGCUGCUUCCUCUCCUCUCUCCCUCUCCUCCUCCCCCACCGCCUCCAUCACUCCCACCACCCGCAGCCGUCUCAGAGAAGAGAGGAAGGACCCGCUGUCGGCUCUGGCCCGAGAGUACGGAGGCUCCAAGAGAAACGCUCUGUUAAAGUGGUGCCAAAAGAAGACGGAGGGUUAUCAGAAAAUUGACAUCACGAACUUCAGCAGCAGCUGGAACGACGGGCUGGCUUUCUGCGCCGUGCUGCACACCUACCUGCCGGCUCACAUCCCCUACCAGGAGCUCAGCAGCCAGGACAAGAGGAGAAACUUCACCUUAGCCUUCCAGGCUGCAGAGAGCGUGGGCAUCAAAUGCACUUUGGACUUGAAUGAGAUGGUGCACACGGAGCGUCCCGACUGGCAGAGCGUCAUGACCUACGUCACCGCCAUCUACAAGUACUUUGAGACCUGAGACUCUACUGCUCCUGCAGCACAACCAGAGCCACGCCAGCCCUCCUGAGCUCCCAGCAACUGUAAUACCUCGCCACCUACGCUCUCACACACACACACACACACACCAUGCUGCAUGUGGUCCUCAGUAUUAAGCGUCGAUCUCUCCUGCUGUUACAGUCACUCUGACGAUGAGAUCCAGAAAUCACGUCUCAAGGAGCAUCAAACACAAACUCAGUGCCUUUUUUUUUCUUUCUACAACAGAUUUCUCGGGGUGUUCGGGGGAAUUCCUGCAAAACUGACUUUUCAGGGCACUCAAAUGAUUCCCCUAUUAGAAAUAUUCAAUUGUAGCACUUUACACGGCUAAUACUCCACUAAUAUAACCCUCUACAUGCACACGGCAUACUCGCAUUGACUUAUAUUUUCACAUCUUCCAACGUGAGAGACGGCUUCCUUCUCCAUUCCUUCAUCCCACUUUUUGAAAAGCUUUCGUGCACCAAAACUAGUUCAUAUCCAAGUUUUUGAUAAUGUUUAAAAUUUGGCUGUGUGGCUACUUCCAAGAAGAGAUGUGCGCUUUGAAUACUUCAGUUUCUAAUACUGAGUCAGAGCUAAUGCACUGCGGUGAAACACAUGGAUGCAUAUUCCGGAUGUGGUGUAUACAAGUACGAAAGCUGCUAAAACCCCAAAUAGGGAAGUCAGAAGAUGUUCUCAUGUUCUGGGUAAAAGUGGAACAUCAUUGUCCAGCAUUUCUUCAGUUUUUUGCAUGUGGAUAUUGAGUGAAAACCCCUGUCUUCUACAGAGAAUCUAAGUCAAAGUCAGUGAUGUUUGAAUUCCCCCGAAACGCCCUUCGAACAGGAAUUGAUUUCAGCCUUUUUGCACCGAGUCUUCCAGACGUCACCGUUACAUUUGAGCUGCCUUGUUUUCCCUUUUCAAAACGGACAAAGUGCCUGCGUGAGUUUUGAUGCAGGAGAUAAUUCUUGUCUUCAGUUUGUGAAGAUGAAGAUUUGAGGAGUCGUUGCCAAAUAUGUAUUCGGAGCCUUUUUGAGUGUCGAUUUCUGACGUGUUGGUCAUUUCAAGCACAGAAAAUAUGCUACGUUUCACAACACCACUACACAUUGUAUUAAGCGGCACUAACACACUCUUUGUAGGUUUCUUUUCCACUUACAUAUCAUUUCUCAACAGUGUAUGGAGAUAAUGGCUGAUGUGUGUGUUUGCAUUUACAUUCCUGCACUUAUUCCAUUGGGCACACACAGCAUCGUUUCAUCGUAACCAAAAUAUGAGUGAGUAGUAUUUAGUCUUUUGAUAAAAAUGUGUUUUUUUUUAAGUUCUGUUUAGAUCAGAGAAACUUAAGGGGAUUUUUUUUUACCAGUUUUUGUGUCAAAUUGGGACUUUUCUUUACAUUUUGCCAAAGUCGAUCCACUAAAAGUUUGUUUUACCCCCCCGCAAACGUACAUUGAUUAUACAAGUGUCUGACAGUAUUAUAGAGAGACAUUAAACGUAUUUCUUUAUCUUUUUACCUUGAUCUGCUCUCCUAGUCUCUCCCUGAAGUCCCACAUCAGAUCCUUCAGAUAUCAGUGGUUAAAACAAACGUGUACUUUGACAAAAAUAUGUACAUUUCUCUCUUAAAACUCCACAUAUUUCUAACUUAUUGUCCCGAUUAGCCGCUUCCUCGAGUCUCAAAUUGCAUGUGAAGUCAAUGAAAUCAUUUGUCACUAGGUUUUGUACAAACAUCUAGUGUCACUAAAAACCCCAAGUUAGGGAGUUUAAGGGGGGAAGGUAGACUGAUCUGUUUGUACAUUUGGACAGAAUCAGUCCAGUCUUUAUGCUAAGCUAAGCCAACUAGCGACUGGCUGUAGCUCCAUAUAAGCAUACUAAUACUAUACAUUCAUUUGUCAGGCAUUUAUUAUAUUAAUCCGAGCCAAAACAAACUUUUAGUGGACGUCCUUUGCAGAUUUUCUAUACGAUACACUAUUAAUAAUUGCUGUUUACUUUGACACAAAAACAUGUUGAAAAGUGACCCUGUUUCUCUGAGCCUGAGGGUCUGAUUUGAAAAAAACCUCUCUAAUAAUGAACCUCAUGUUGAGAAAAGUGUGCUCAAGUGUUUGGAAAGAAGCUGGUGGUUCGUGCAAACGCUUCGUCUCAUGAAAAGAGUCAUUCAACUUGCUGGGAAAUUCCCAUUCUUGCAGACGGUUAACUGUUAAAAAUGAAACCACUUCCGAGUGGUUUCAAUUCGUCAUCUGACCCUCGAUAAGAACAAGCGCAUCUCCCAACAGGUCAAAUUGUUCCGAAAGCGUUGCCAAACCAUACGCUUUUAGCACAAAAGUUCAAACAAUUCAUUGUGCCAUUGACUUACAUUGUGUGAUAAUGACGGUGCUGUGUUAGAAAGGUUGUUUUUGAAAUUCCUAGUAUCACUAAACAUUACUAUAGAAAUACUUUUUAAAGCACAGAAUGUCAGCAAUAUUAAUGUAUAUCACUUUAAAUCCCCAUAUAAGCAGUUUAUAACGCGUUAACACAUUUUAUUGUAGUUAUAAGCAGCUUUAAGGACAUUUUUGAUGUCAAAUAUUAUAACUUCUAUCAAUACUUAUGUAACAUUAUUAUAGUCGCUGUGUUUCACUUCAUUAUCUUCAUAUGGGUGUCCACAGGAGGAGUUAUAGUGAUAGACAUGCAUUCAUAAUCACUUUAUAGUGAGUUAUAAACCACAGCUGCACUUGCUAAUCGAUUGAUAGGAACAAUUAUUGGCAUUUAAUUUGAUAUUUGAGUUGUUUUUCAUGCAAAAAUGUCAGAACAUAUUUAAAUUAGCUUCUCAAAUAUGUUUUUUUUCUGUUUCUUAUCAUAGUAAUGAGAAAUAAUGUGGAUUUCUGACUGAAAAAACUAUGCAUUUCAACACUUAUUCGCAAUUUUCUGACAUUUUAUACACUAAACAACGCCUUUAGAAAGCAAAAUGCAAUUCAUUGUAAUUGAAAAUAAGCGGUAGCUGCAGCCCUAUUAUAAAAUAUUCAUAAAGUGCUUUAAAAUGCUAAAAUAAGGGGGUUUAAAGCACCAUGUGAUGCUGUCAGACUGUGCUUCUCGUGCCUCUUCUUGCCACGUUCACUGUAUUUAUUUGCAUUGUUUCCAGUCAUUGUAGUGAGGCUUUAUGUGUGUGUGUGUGUGUGUGUGUGUGAAUUUAUUACACUGAGAUAAGCUUUUUAUUGUUAUAUCCGACACUAACUUCCUGCCUUAACACUCAGCCUUCAAACCGUGUAUCUGUUCUCGGCGUAUCUGUUCUCGGCAGACAAGGGAAAUACUUUCUUUGUAAAAAAACCACCCCAGCUGGUAUCAAUAGGUACAGAAACUACAUAUUUGUCUCGAUUUAGAAGCACAUCCUGCUCUGUACUACGCCACGUCUUCACACCGUGUGCAUCUGCAACACUUUAUACCCUCUGUGCAGGAGAGCGGCAGGUGUUCGUGACAUUUAAUAGGAAUAAUUCACCCUCAGAAUGAUGUACGUUGCAGCGUCUCGCUCAUCCUGCAAACGUUUCAAAGUAAAAAGUUCCUAUUAGACACUAAAACAUUGAGAAAAUGGGGUACAUGUUGAACAAUACCCAAGUUAUUACCCCUAAAACUCUGAAAAUAGGCUUCUAAGUGACAAUAUGAGCAUUAAUACAUCAGUUUCCCUCUCGUGAAACCUUGAAUUCUUAGAGAAAUGUGUGUUUUUCUUGCUCAAUACUGAAACAUUUCAAAAUAAGUUCCCAUUGGACACAAACAGUGAACAAAUGUGCUCAAUGUUGAACAAUACCUAAGUUAUUACCCUUAACAUUUUAAGAAAUAGGCUUCUAAGUGACAAUAUGACCAUUAAUACAUACAUUUCUCACAGAAAUUGGCUUCGUCCACAAAUGAUUGGUGCAACAUUUCAAAGUAAAAGUUCACAAACAUUUCAAAAAUGGGUUCCACAUUGAAAAAAACUGAAGUUAUUACCCUUGAAACUCACAAAAUGAUCUUCUAAGCUGUACAUUACCCAGAAAAUGACUCAUUUAGAUAUCGGUUUCGGACUCGUGUUACCUUGAAAUUGCCUCCACGUUGAACAAGGAAUCAGAAAACUGAGAAAAGUCGAUGCAUUGAAUCUAACGAGGGGGGGAAACGCCCAAUGAAAUCAAAAAAACACCCUGCAUAUUUAGUUGAAUGCCUGUUAAACAAACGGUAUUACUAAAACCAUCACAUUUCAAACACCUGCAAUAAUGUGAGACUUUAAGGAAAAGGGCAUGUGUUAGUAAAGCAGUGAGACUACGACUGGAUAAACGAGUUAACUUCAGUUUUUAUAAUAUUCUUUAACCGUGGAAGCAUGCAAGUUAAACAUCUCAGUAUGUCAAGGUAACACAGCGUGAGGAAUUGAUCAAAAACAACGUUCAUUUCCUGUAUGGAGUAGUCAUUAAAUUGUGGUGCCAUAAUGCUAAGGGGUUAGCAUCCAACUGUUUUUCUGUGUGUGUUAUCGCUCCCUGCUGAAAACCCUGACACAUUUGAAGCCUCUGCAUGCUGGGAAUGUGUUUCUGCAGGACUUUAAGGACUUUACGAGGUGCAGCGGGAGUGAUUAACGACAUUUUAGGAGACGAACGCUAAAAGAAUCUCAUUCCACGUUCACACAGAGCCACGAGGAACACGUAGCGUUAGCACAACGAGCUAAAAACAUGUCUUUUUUUAAAGGGUCCAUCACAUUUAUUUUGUCUUUACUUGAAAAUGCUCUGAUCCACUGAACCUGCUUUAGUUUCCAAUGUUGCCUUUUUGUGUUUGUUUUUUGGUGUGAAUUAUAUAUAUUUUCCUGAUCACACUACAUGCAGUGAAAUGGUCCCUUUAGCAAAGCUGAAUGAAUAAGUGUGUGUGUGUAAAUGUGUGUGUGUGUGUGUGUGUGUGUGUAAAGGGACUAAGCUACAGUAUUAAGUGCACACUACGAUGAUAAUCAGUUGUAAAGAAAAACGAUGUGUGUUUUUAUGUUGCUUUAUUCUUUGGCAAUAGUUAUAAAAGAAAAAUGAAAACAG